GAAUAGACGAAGACAAAGGCUACCGGAAACCGGACUCCAUAGUUUUCGUCAAAUGGCUGAUUUGUAUUCACGCGAAAUCGUUUGUUUUCCCCAAGCGUUUACAUUCAGUUUUUUUAAGUCGUUUCUGCGAGAUUAUUCAUGGAUAUCUAUUUAUGUUUGCUAAACAUGCGUCGCGAUUUGGAAACAGUCGUUGCGAAGACCUGGCGGUGCAAAUACAGCGACGUAAGCUGGUUAUUCCAAGCUAAUGAGUUUUAAAAGCAACAAAGCGCGUUUGUUUUUUUAUUUUCGUUGUGCGUUUGCUUCCAUUCCUCACGGCAUUUGUUGUACAUGCGGUUCACGAAGACCAGACCAGACUAGUAACUUCGCUAAGCUAACGAGCCGCGCUUAGAAAUGGAGAUCCACAUCUCGAGCCUCUUCCCGGAGAUCUUAGCGAUGAUCUUCAACUACCUGGACGUUAAAGGCAAAGGCAGAGUGGCGCAAGUAUGCACGGCGUGGAGAGACGCCUCGUACCACAAAUCCGUGUGGAGAGGAGUGGAAGCCAAACUCCAUCUGAGAAGAGCAAACCCAUCGCUGUUCCCCAGCCUGCAAACCAGAGGCAUCAAGAAAGUCCAGAUCCUCAGCCUGAGGCGCAGCCUCAGCUAUGUAAUCCAGGGCAUGCCCAACAUCGAGAGCCUUAACUUAAGCGGAUGCUACAACCUAACGGACAACGGGCUCGGACACGCAUUCGUGCAGGACAUCCUGUCACUGAGGAUACUCAACCUGAGCCUGUGCAAACAGAUCACCGAUUCCAGUUUGGGCAGGAUUGCGCAGUAUCUGAAGAACCUGGAGCUGUUGGAUCUGGGCGGGUGUAGUAAUAUCACCAACACGGGCUUGUUGCUUAUCGCCUGGGGCCUUCAUAAUCUCAAAAGCCUGAAUUUGAGAAGCUGCAGACACGUUUCGGAUGUAGGCAUCGGACACCUGGCCGGCAUGACGCGCAGCGCCGCGGAGGGCUGCUUGAGUUUGGAGCACCUCACGUUGCAGGACUGUCAGAAACUGACCGACUUGUCGCUCAAGCACAUUUCUAAGGGCCUAAACAAGCUGAAAGUCCUCAACCUGAGCUUUUGCGGGGGCAUAUCCGACGCUGGCAUGAUCCACCUGUCGCAUAUGACCCAACUCUGGACUCUUAACUUGCGCUCCUGCGACAACAUAAGCGAUACGGGGAUUAUGCAUCUCUCCAUGGGCGCUUUGAGGCUGUACGGGCUGGAUGUGUCGUUUUGCGACAAGGUGGGCGACCAGAGCCUGGCUUAUAUCGCGCAGGGCUUGUACCAGCUCAAAUCCCUGUCUCUUUGCUCGUGCCACAUCAGCGAUGACGGGAUCAACCGGAUGGUCCGGCAGAUGCACGAACUCAAGACGCUGAACAUCGGCCAGUGCGUGCGGAUCACGGACAAGGGCCUGGAGCUCAUAGCGGACCACCUGACGCAGCUGACCGGGAUAGACCUGUACGGCUGUACCAAAAUAACAAAAAGAGGACUGGAGAGAAUCACCCAGCUGCCCUGCCUUAAGGUGCUGAACUUGGGACUUUGGCAAAUGACCGAGGUCAAGGGUUUAGGAGACGCGUCUGAGAUCCUGCCCUGCUACACCUCGUAACUACCUCAGCGAUGUCUUUCUUGCUUUUCUAAAGACGUGUCUCAUGUACUUUGUUACGAAGCCUGUUUUCGGAAAAGAGGCUUGAUGUAGUUCAAAUUGAAUCAGCAAUAAAACACUGAACAGCCUUCCUUAAUGGUAUAUAGAGUCUGAAUUCUGACGGUUCCCUUGAAUGCCUUUUGUGUUUUUUUUUUUU